CCGAGGCUCGCCUGCGCCUUGCGGAGAUUCCGCAUGCCGAGGCGGGGAGCAGACUGCCGAGGAGCCGGGAGAGAACACCGCUGCUCCGGGUCUGCUUGUACCCGGUGAGAACAGACCGCUUCUUCACCACAUCGGGGGACGGAAAGACGUACCUGAAGAUAGCUCCAGACCCGGUGAGAACAGACCGCUUCUUCACCACAUCGGGGGACGGAAAGACGUACCUGAAGAUAGCUCCAGGUGAGAGCAUCAGUGUGAGAGGAUCACUCCCACGGGCGCACCUUGUGAACAGGCAAGGCAGGCAACUGCUUGGGGCCACGGACCAGAAGGGGCCCCCCAAAGAAGCGUCAGCGAUGCCUCCUUCCCCCUCAGAGAAGACGCUUCUCUCCGGCUCUGAUUUCUCCUCCAAAGCCGUGCUGUGUCUGAUUGAGGCGGUGGGCCGGCGCUGGGGCCUCUACGAGACCCGGGAGCGCUCACAGCUCUUCCAGAGUGUCCAGGAGGAAAUGGCCUCCAAGGGCCACCUGCUUCCUGUCGAAAAGAUCCGCCGCAAGUGGAACAACCUCAUCGUCACGUACAAGAGGGUCAAAGACCGCAGCCAGGAGACGGGACACGCCAAAACGUCCUGGGAGUUCUUCGAUUUGAUGGACGCCACUCUCUGCGACACCGUUGGCACUCAGGUCAUCAACAACAAACGAAACAAAAGCGGGAAGGCGGUUUCCACGCUGCCUGGUCCUUUGGCCAAGAUCGCUGCGAAACCUGAGGCAGCCCCCCCCACCAUCAUCCAGCCCAAUGGGGACUUUGCUUCGAGCGGUGGUGUGGACUCAGUGGGUCAGGGAGCCAUCAGCGGUCAACUCAUCAGUACUGCUGCUGCCAUGCCCUCAAUGACCACCGUUAGCCCACCGAAUGCUCCCGAGCUCAAACCCCUGAUCAUCAGUGACACUGUUACAACCAGCAUUCACCCAGCCACCAUUGUGCCAUCCCCAUCGUUUAUUUCCUCUCCUUGUUUUACAGAGACAGCUUCUCCUUCCCUUCUUAGCUCCACUAGCAACACGGACCACAACACAUCGCGAUACGUAGGCCGUAAAGCUCCGUUGUUCUCAUCAGGCGUUGUACCCUUUCGUCUUAGCAAUGCGCCGCUCUGCAACACCCAGAAUCUCCUCAGCCUUUCCUCUUUCCCCCCUACUUCUUCCUCUCUCACUCCUUCGAUUUCCCACGCAACAACCAUGUCCAUGAGCGAAGGACAGAGCCAGAAAGGGAACGAGGAGCCGAGCAGCGCCGCUUUGUCGCAGGAGAUCCUGCAGCGACAGGAGGAACAGUCCUACCUGGAUCGAGUGGCUGGACGCCGAGUGGAAGCCAGGGAGAAGAGGCGCGAGAGGAGGGAGGUCCGGAUGGCAGGGUCCCUCGGCAGGAUAGCCACCGCCCUGGAGCUGCUCUCCUCCAAGCAGGACACAGUCAUCGCCCUCCUGCAGAGACUGGCUGAUCGGAAGUGAUGGAGGCCGGAAACCUGGAAAUCAGUCCCUCUGUAGUCCACGCUAAAGCUGCAUUCACAUGACACGCGGUAAACGGCUCUGCGAUGUCGUUGUGUUUUUAUGGGAAGAUCGGUUGUGCCUGACUACGUGGAAGGGCUAGCCCUGGCAUCGUGGGACGCUCAAAACAUUUGUACGAGCUGAUCACUUUUCUACGUUAAGGGAUGAGUUGGUGUUUUUCAGCCUGGGUCGAAAUGGGUCCAGUAAUGAGUGAGAGCACUGCAGCUGCAAAACAUACUGCAAUGGAGUCGCUCGCAGUCAUUGUUAGGAAAUUGGCAAAAUGCUUGACUUACAGGCUCAGAUUUGUAUUAAGUGUCUGACUUCCUUACAGAAAAUAUCCUACAAAGACAUUAAAUGUUUUACUUGACCUUUCACCUCAUUAAGUAUAUCUGUUAUUCCAAUUAACCAAAUCUCGCACAAUAAUCCUCAAUAAUCUUUGUGACACAUCGUUAAAUGUUUUUUUUUGACAAAAGUGGGCUACACUUUUAAUACUCCCACACAAUCAAUUUCACAAUAAAGGCAUUUCUAUAUCAACUCUCCCUAAGGUUUUCACUGUUGUCUUCGGGCAACAAGUCAAAUGACACAAUAACAAACAACGACGUUCGUUGACAUUGCAGAAAAGCCCCCCAAUGCAGCCCAUUUUGCAGCUCUCACUCAAUGCUGGCCCCUUAUCAAAAAUAGUUUUCCCACUUGAACACAAAAACAUGGGGAAGAUGUCAAGGUUAUAAAAUACCUAAAUGAACCUUUAAGCAUAAGUGACAUGGGUGGCUAUUGUUACAUGUCUUACAGUAUAAUAAAAUACAUGUCAAACAUUCUCCUUCAACCUUUGGUUCAUAUGAUUUUGUCUCAGUAGAUUAAAGUACAAUACAUAGUAAUUGUUAUCUCUUGAGAAGAGGCGAAACUUUUGUCAACAUUUGCUCUUGGCACAGAAAUGCACAAAUGAUUGCCAAUGUUUUUUCAAGUUAGGUUCAAAGUUUUAUCCUUUCUGUCAACACUCACGCCCCCAUAUGUACAUGGAGUCCAUUUUUGGUCUGCGAAACAAUUAUUUAUUUCAAUACUGGCCAAGAAGAUUUCCCAUCCUAAUGUUAUUCACUGUGAAAGUAAGAGAAGGAGAGAAAAUCUACACUAUAUGUUGAACCCAGUGAGGAUCUCCUAUUGGAUCAAUGUUGGGUAGUUAAAGUUUUCACACUAAGCAGUUUGAUCAGAUUAAACUGAAAUGGUUUCACUUUUGUUUUUUAUUAGCAUGGUUUAGUAGCAUACAUGUUGUUCAAAGCAUGUGACUUUUCAUUUGAAUAACACAAAAGAACGGUUUAAUGUUUUACCAUGAAUGCAAUGUACUUAAAAAGUAUGCUUUUAUAUUGCGUUUUAAUGUUGGCAAUUCUUUUUUAGGGGAGCAUUUUGCAGACCUUUGGACCUGAACAUAUGGAAAACUUUAAUUGUUGUGUCAGUAUCCGGCCUUUAUUACAUUUCCUUCGCAUCAUCACAUUCAUUUUUGCUCUGCAGUGGCAGGACAGGCAACUGGAGAGUGGACCGAUCGAAAUAAAAUAAACUUUAAUAAGAACUAUA